CCGUCCCGGAUGCCGUACUAAACCCGGACAGGAUGUGGCUUUGAAGUACGUUACCAAAAUGUGUUAGCUAAGAACAACGACUUGUAAGCAUCAUGACAAAAACAUGUUUCCCCAAGAAAAAAUAGCAUUUGUAUCAAAGUAGAGGAUCGUGGCGGGGAUGUGGCUACGUUAUGGGAAACGUUUUCGGGAGAAAGAGUCGCCCUUCUCGAGUUACAGAACAAGACCGAGCGAUUCUGCAACUGAAACAGCAGAGAGAUAAACUGAAGCACUACCAGAAGAGAGUCACCCUGCAGCUGGAGAAGGAGAGGAGUCUGGCCAAGCAGCUGCUGAAGGAUGGAAAGAAAGAGAAGGCACUGGUUCUUCUCAAGAAGAAGCGUUAUCAGGAUCAACUGCUAGACAAGACUGAGAAGCAGAUAUCAAACCUGGAACGCAUGGUUCAAGACAUUGAGUUUGUCCAGAUCGAGAUGAAAGUCAUUGAGGGGCUGAAGGUUGGAAAUGACUGUCUGAAGAGUAUGCAUGAGGCCAUGUCACUAGAGGACGUGGAGAGGAUCAUGGAUGAGACCCAGGAUGCUAUAGAAUACCAGAGGCAAAUAGAUGAGAUGCUGUCAGGCUCCCUGACUCAGGAGGAUGAGGAUGCUGUGUUAUCUGAGCUGGAGGCUAUCACUCAGGGUGAAGAUGUAGAACUUCCAGAGGUCCCCACUGAGCCUCUACCAGAGGUCCCAGAACCAGCUGAGACAGAGCCAGAGAGAAGACCAGCAAGGAACAAGGAGAACAGAGAGAUGCUGGCAGCGUAGAGACAAGACUCAACAAUAACAACAGUAGAUG